AUGAAAAAAUGGCAAGAAAAAGUUAAUACCGUCUUUGGUCAAUUAAUUAAUAAAGAACAGAAAUUUGGUGUUGAACACCUUGAUGCAAUUAUUAAAAAAUAUAUUGGCUCAGCAUUAUUUGUAGCACCUCCAAAUGUUGUGAUUCUUGAGCCUGGAAAAGCUCCAAGCAAAAAUGAGUACAUUCAUCAGACUGUUAACAUGUUUCUCGAAGACUUUGGUUAUAUGAAGAAUAGUGUAUUACAUUUGAUGUGUGAUGAAGCAAUUUAUCAUCGCAUGAAAGAUUACAAGAAUGAAGAGCAAAUAGUAUAUUGUAUUUUAGGACAAUGGCAUACUAAUAAGUCAAUGUGCAGUGUACUAAUUGCUAUUUUUUUGGUUAUGGACUUUUUGGACUUGUCGCACAGCUUGGAAGAGAAUAUUUCUAUUAGUGAUAUCCUUACAACAAAUAACAAUCUGCUUAAAGUAUGGUAUAACUUUUACCAAUGGGUAGAAUACUUGAAAUUGCAUAAGCUUGAAGCUCUUUGGAAAUUAAUUACUAAACUCAAAGUAGGAUUUAGCAGCUCACAGCCAGAAUCACAUCCCUUAUUUGCAGAAGAUAUACAAUUGAUAGAUGUUGGUUUCCAACAAAUAUUUACUUGCUAUGAAUCAGGAAUCGAAAAAAUAACCAUCAUAGUUGAGCAAGAUAUUCAUCAUACUGUUCUCCAAGUGAAAAAGAAGAAGACUGACUGCAUAUCAGAAAUAAGAGUAGAAGCAGAAGACAGCAGUUCUGUGCAAGCCCCAGAACUAAUUAAUAUGGAAGUUGAAGAAAUCAAUCCAGAAUUAAUUAAUAUGAAAGUUGAAAAAAUCAAUAAAGAAGACUUGCAAUCAAUACCAUUAUCUGAGAUCAGUCUGUCUUCCAAAUCUACACUUCAAACAUCACAUCCAACAAAAUACAAAUUCACAGUGGUUGAAGAACAAUACCUAAAACAGCUUGAAGCAUACAAAGACUUCACUAUAUUACCCAGAGAAGUUGUAAAUAAGCUGGUGGAAAAGUUGUCACAAUAUACUGAUUAUUGGACACCAAAGCGAGUUCGAGAUCGAUGA